AAAUACAACAACAAAAACAACAGUGCUGCAUGCUUUUGAACACAGUAUCAUAUUCAGGAGCAGUGAGUGUUUUGUGUGGCGCCGUGUGAGUGUGUGAGAGUGUGUGUGUGUGUGUGUGUGUGUGUGUGAGUGUGUGUGUGUGUGCCGGCUGAGGCGGUGGGGGGAGGCAGUCCGUGCAGUUUAAAGGGAAAACACAAGGCACACACAAAGCUGGGAGCGCAGGCAGGCAAGGCAGCAGGAAAGGCAGGGAUAGGAGAGGAAAGGAAAGGUUGUGGGAAUCUGCUGAGCUGGCUGAGGCUCUAAUCAACAAGCCUCUCUUGGAUUUUACCCCCUGAGCCGGCUCCGUGGGUCUCCCCGUCCGCCGAGCCUGAGCGUUGCCACGGAGGUAAAGGGUGUCAUGGUGGCCCGUGGCUCCUGAGAGAGAAAAACAGAGCGAGGGGACCGCUUCACCUGCCAUCAGCAGGACUGAGGAGACCCCAGAGAGAUGAUUGGCAGCUGAAGCUGAGACUUAACACAACUGUGAAUCGAUAACUUGGUGCUACUCUAAAAGCCAGUUGGCUUUUAGGUACUUGGUGCAGAAGACAGAGGAGUCGGACGCCGCAUAUAUUCUCAGUGUUGGAGUGAGGCCCUCUCUGUGCUGCAGUGGAGGGCUUCACAAGUACAGCUAGUCCGGCUGGAUGCAUCACGCAGUAGAGCAGUUAGGCGGGCGCGGCACACGGGAUUCCUUCCCUCUGGACGGACUCAACCGGGGACCAUGGCCUCCCAUGAGCGGCCGUUCCUGGCAGCCACCUGCCAGGUGUUCACCUGCCAUGAAUCAACACCAGCUACUUCCCCAUCUACCUCCUGGCCCCAUCAGUGGACUGAACCACCACAACAAAUAUUUAAGUAAUGGGGUAUUGAGAGGAGGUGAGAAGCUGGAGCUCCAGCAGGCGAUGCUGCCAGGAAUGCAGAGGGAGCCACAGCGGCCCCCGCUUCACCAUCUUCAUCCCCCACCUCCUCACAGAGCCUGGGAGCAGUUAGGCCAGCUGUACGAGUCCCACCUCCCUCACCAAGGCCACCCUGUCCUGCCCCUGCCUAACGAGCACUCGCUGCGUCUCCAUAACGGAAGCUAUUCAGGCAGCAAUGGACACCCCCCAAACCCCAACCUUCCUCCUGGCAGACCCAACUCACUGCUGAAGUUUGGGGGUCCUCAGGAGCAGCAUGUUCCCCGGGGUCCACCACUGCUGGGAGAAGAAAUGUGGGCUCAGGUGCACCAGCAGAGGGCCUACCCAGGGAAGAUGCUCGGGGGUCAGCUGAAGAGACCAGGCCCUCCAUUGGGAGAGCACUCGGUGAUCCAACACACUCCUCCCCCAUCACUCCACAUACCCUCCCGUCCUGCUGCUGAGGACUGUCCCAGCCCCAAUAAGAGGAAAAAGAGCUUGGAUCAGACAUCUCAUCCUGGGAUGCAGCGUUUCGCUGGUCCCGGUCAACCUCUGCCAUCUCAGCAGCAAUCAUCGGCUCAACGGCUCCCCCAGAAACCUGCUUUCUGGAACCCCAUUCACAAGGACAACGGCGUUCUCUGGCAGCCCCAGACCUCCGACCACAAGAACCCACAAUCACAGGAGUUUCAGGAAAAUGGCAAACAUAGAAUGGGCAGCUAUACCCCAAAGUCCUCUCCUGCCUCUUCCAGCCCUUCCAACCUCUCCCCUCCACUGAAUUCCCCUCCAGGGAGUUACAACCAAGGAUGUGUCCCUCAGCUUCCGAAAGACACAUUACAACCUCAGGCUAUAAACCAUCACUCCCCUCAAUCUUCCUACCCGAGUCCCGGCGCCAAACGGGAGCACGCUCCACCCUACCAGGCCAUGGAGUCGAGAAGUCUUCACAGCCAGAGGGGCCCUCUCAUCGGGGGCUAUGGUGGCAGCCAAGCUACCCCUCACAUAGCAUGUACCCCAACCAGGGCUGAUAGAGAGCUGCACCUAAAAGUCCAGUCAUCACCAGCAAAUGCUGCUGCAACCAGCAACAAGAAAAGCAGCAGCAGUGUGCCUUACAGCCACUUCCAGCCUCACCCAGGGCUGGGGCACCAGGGUCCUCCUCCUGCCAGCCGCACCUCAGUACCUCAGCAACAGAGAGGUGGUCCUCACGAGGCCUGGAGACAUCAGCGCACUCCCAGCAGUCAGUCCACGGAGUCGAGCAUCUUCAGACUUCCAGGUGUGCAACCUCAGCACCAGCAGAGCCACAAUCGGACUGCAGACGGUCGGCUUUCAGGUUCCUCCCAGCAUCACCAUCACAUCAGCUCUCCUCUGCCCUCAGCCAACUCCACCAGAACACCCGUCAUCACAUCUCAGGCCUCCUGCGCCAUCGGCCAGUACAGCAGGAGCUCUAACGGCGUUGCUAUGGAUGGUGUCUCUACGGCGACCGCAUCGCGCCCAGCUGGCUGCUCUAUGAACAAUGGCAGCAGUAAUACCAGCUGGCAGAGAGAGGUGUUGCCGGUGGCCCAAACCUCCAGUAGCGCUGUCAUCAGCUCUAAACCUCAGAUGGACGCUGCGCUCCAGCUGGGUGGCCAGCGAGGCCAGACUCCUGCUGCCAGCAGGCCUCAGAAACACGAGCUGCACCAUCAGCAUCCGGGGAACGCCACAAAGUCCCCGCCAGGGAAGGGAAAGAUGUCGUACUAUCAACAGGCUGAACUGGAGCCGGUCUUUCCUCCGUUUUCUUCAUCGUCUUUGUUCUCCUCAGGGCACCAGAGGACGGGGGAAAGUGUAAUUACAAGUAGAGUGUCAAACCUACACCCUACAUAUUGUCCUCCUUCUCUUUCUUCGGUCAAGCGUCCCGCUGAAGCACCGGCUCCGGCCCAGCCCUCCAGGGCGGGUCAUCUGACACCGAGAUACUCUGUUCCUCCGUUUCCCACCUCCGUCCCUCAGUCCAUCGGAGAGGCCCUGGACAAGCUGGACGCAGAGCUGGAGGGACACAUGAGGGCGGAAGAGAGGAGGAGGAGGGACAGGGAGGAGCAGGAGAGGCUCAGAGAAGAGGAGAAACAAAAGAGGGAGCUGGAAAUCAGAAAGAAGCUGGAAGAGGAGAAGAAAAGGAAAGAAAUGGAGAGACAGGAGGAAGAGAGGAGACGGAGGGAGUGGGAAAGGCAGGAGCAGGAGAAGCAGAGGAGGCAGGAAGAGGAAAGAAAGAAAAGAGAAAUGGAGAGAGUAGAAAAAGAGAGGAAGAGGCAAGAGGAGGAGAGGAAGAAAAUGGAGCGGGAAAGAAAGAGGAGAGACUGGGAGAGGCACGAGGAGGAGAGGAGGAGGAGAGAACAGGAGUGGGAGGAAGAGGAGAGGAAAAGAACUGAGAGGGAAGAAGAGGAGCGACGGAGGGAGGACAAGCUGCGCGCUGAUAAACAACAGACGGCUGACAACCAGGAGCGGCUGCAUUUGAGACACACCUCCGCUGCCCCCCCGCCCCCUCCCCUCUCCUCUGUGGCUGCACCUCCGUCAGGUCCGUCGCCCCCCCACUCCCGGGCUUCUCCUCCUUAUCCCUGGCUGAGCCGCGGCGGCACCACCGCCGCCGCCGGACCUCCUGCCGAGCGGCUGCGGCCGCCUCCCCUCACGCCUCAGACCGAGUACGCCAGAGAGAAGCAGCGGCAGAGGGAGAUGUGGAACAACAACCCCACAUUCACCCCCCCACCAACACACAAUACCUCAGGGAUGAACCAGCCGGCCUACCCCGCCAAGCCCCCGGCAAUGCAAGCAGCACCCAGCCAAUCCAAAGACUCGGCCCGGGAGAAGGACGCCAGCCAACAACCCCUCCCCAACUCAGCACUUAGAGAGCCCCCAAAACUCUACCAGGCCUUCUCCAGGGAGACCCCCCCGCCCUUGUCGUCGGCCCCCGGCUGCAGCAGGGACACCAGCCAGCAGCUGCAGGAGAGCGGCUUGGAGAACGCCGGCUCCGACUCGGACAGCGCUCAGUUCGAGGAGGAGCCCUCGGAGCUGCCCACCAUGCUCCCCGACGGUCUGGCCAACAUCAUGGCCAUGCUGGACGAGUCCAUCAAGAAGGAGGAGGAGCUGUACAACAGUGAUAAAAGCAGGUGUGCGGGGCUGCUCGACGGCUUCGCUCCGAGUGCCGAGCCCGUUAAGAGUUACCUGUGCGCCCCAGACCUGAUUCCAGCUACCAAGCUGCAGCCUAACCUGGAAGACUUCGGCGCCAACGAGAGCCCGCCGGUGCUCAGCCGCCAGGGCUCGCUGGCCUCCCCCUGCAGUCGCACCUCGUCCCUCAACGAGGAGGAGGAGGACUUCAACAAGGCUUCUCCGACCGUUCCCCCGAAGACCAAGCCGCCCCUGGACAUGGUGAUGGGGGUCGGCAACACCAACUACCGCCACAGCGACCUGGCUAAACUGUACGGCCUCACGGAGCAGACUAAAAGUGAGGCGGACGAGGAGUCGGAGGAGGAUUCUGAGGCCCCGUCUUGCUCCCCGCCGCCUCAGAGACCCCACCUCCACCAGACGGGGGUAAAUAGCAUGUUUAAAUCUCUUGCGACGGUCUUGGAGAGCCAGAAGUACGCGUACCGGGGCGGGCCGUUUGGAAGACCCCCCCCAUCCGCUCUGGUUGGUGUUAAAUACUCCUCCUCGUUGUCGCUUGGACCUGACAUUUGCCGCCAGCAGGGCAGUUCUCCCACGUCAGACUCCACCAAUCCACCAUUCAGUCCUGCUGUGCCCCCCCUCAAGUCCUCCCCCCGCUCACUACUGGAGGACAAGAAAAUGAAACUGGAGGACAGUGAUGUGUGGACGGAUGAGGGAGAAACUGAGGACACACUGAACCCCGUCAAAAGCAGCAUUCCAACCGUGAAACCCAUCAAGUUGAUCAAGGAGGAGGAGGAGCUGACCAUCAUCUCCGACUCUUCUCUGCAAGAGCUGGGAAACAGCUGCGAGGUCUUGCUCAGCCGGCAGUCGCUCGAUAAACCCAGCAGACACGGCAAGCAUGAGAAGGUAAAGGAGCACAAAGACAGAGACAAGAAGAGAAAGCACGGCCACGGCCACAGCAGCAGGAAGCACGAACACAAGAAGGACAGAAAGAAGCACCGAGAUAAGGGAGACUUUUCCUCUUCAUCCUCAUCCUCGUCGUCCCAUUCAGGCUCCGGCCACAAGCGGCACAAAGACGGCAAGAGCCAUAAAGAGAAGAAGGAUCGUAGGAUUCUCUGCGACCUCAAUCUGCAAAAGCGCGAGUCGGAGAAGAACCGAAGUCAUUAUGAGACUGACAAGAAGAACCGCAAAGACGCGUCUGGCGCCAGCUCCGGCAGCGAGGACGAGCGCGCAGAAUGGACCUCGGACUCCGGAGAGAGAUCCUCCGAGCACAGACACGGGUCCGAGCCCGGCUCGUCGCUGGGCUCCAUGGACUUCCUGAAGUUAAAGGCCGUGUCGGACGGGCCGCCCAAGGAGCUGAAGAUUCGCCUGAUCAAGGUGGAGAGCGGGGACAGGGAGACGUUCAUCGCCUCGGAGGUGGAGGAGAAGAGGAUUCCUCUGCAGGACAUCACCAUCGAGAACUCUGCAAGCGAGAUUAUCCGGUCCUGCAAGGGGGCUCGAGUCAAAGGGAAAUUUAAAGAAUCUUUUCUGCUGCCCGCCUUCUCUGUGAAGCCCGUCAUAGCCUCGGAGGAACCCAUCCCCAGAGAGAAACUCAAUCCUCCCACACCCAGCAUCUACCUGGAGAGCAAGAGGGAUGCCUUCUCCCCGGUGCUGCUGCAGUUCUGCACCGAUCCCAAGAAUCCCGUUACCGUCAUUAGAGGACUGGCUGGAUCCCUCCGACUCAACUUGGGGCUGUUUUCCACAAAGUCCCUGGUGGAAGCCAAUGCAGAGCAGGCCGUAGAGGUGAGGACUCAAGUGCAGCAGCCGGCUGACGAGAACUGGGACCCCAGUGGCACCGGCCAGACGUGGCCCUGCGAGAGCAGCCGCUCCUACACCACCAUCGCCAAGUACGCCCAGUACCAGGCCUCCAGCUUCCAGGAGAGCCUUCAGGAGGAAAAAGGCAGUGAUGAGGAGGAUGAAGAAGAUGAGAAGAAGCCACUCAGCUGUACUGAUAACAAGGACUCCUCUAAAGAGAACACCAAUGGUGAGCAGAAAGCAGUUGGAAAGAUUAUUAAAUUUGGCACCAAUAUUGACCUUUCUGAUCCCAAGAGGUGGAAGGCCCAGCUUCAGGAGCUGCAGAAGCUCCCGGCCUUCAUGCGCGUGGCGUCCAGUGGGAACAUGCUGAGCCACGUGGGACACACCAUUUUAGGCAUGAACACCGUCCAGCUCUACAUGAAGGUUCCUGGGAGCCGAACGCCGGGUCACCAGGAGAACAAUAACUUCUGUUCAGUAAACAUCAACAUCGGCCCAGGAGACUGCGAGUGGUUCUCCGUCCACGAGAACUACUGGGGGGCGAUCAAUGACUUCUGUGAAAAGCAUGGAGUGGACUACCUAACGGGGUCCUGGUGGCCAGUGUUGGAGGACCUCUACAAGGCCAACAUCCCCGUGUACCGCUUCAUCCAGCGGCCCGGGGACUUGGUGUGGAUCAAUGCCGGCACCGUUCACUGGGUCCAGGCCGUCGGCUGGUGCAACAACAUUGCCUGGAACGUCGGACCUCUCAGCGGUUACCAGUACCAGCUGGCUCUGGAGAGAUUCGAGUGGAACGAGGUGAAGAAGGUCAAGUCAAUUGUUCCCAUGAUUCACGUGUCCUGGAAUGUGGCCCGCACUCUGAAAAUCACAGACUCCGACACCUACAAGAUGAUCAAACACUGCCUCCUGCAGUCCAUGAAGCACAUCCAGAUCCUGCGAGACCAACUGGUGUCCGAAGGCAAAAAGAUUUCCUACCAGAGUCGGGUCAAAGAUGAGCCGGCCUACUACUGCAAUGAGUGUGAUGUGGAGGUGUUCAACUUGCUGUUUGUGACCUCUGAAAACAGCAGCAGGAAGACGUACGUGGUCCACUGCGAGGACUGCGCGCGGCAGCGCAACCCCCAGCUGACCAAUGUGGUGGUGCUGGAGCAGUACCGCAUCGAGGAGAUCAUGAACAUGUACGACUCCUUCACCCUGGCCGCCACCUCCUCCUCCCGGUGACGGAGCCCCCCCCGCCGCCUGCGUCUCCUCAGCCAGAACCAAAACUCCUGCAAGCCAGGACAAAAGACAGUUUUCACUUUGGUUGUCAACUUUCAUUGUUUCCAUGCGUUUUUUGCUACUGCUCCGACUCGCCGAAUAGCCAGUUGAAUACGUUUACUCGUUACUGUUUACAAAGAAGACGCCACCAAUAAGAUACCAGUUUACUCUCAGAUGGUGCUUUUGAGCAGAACCCCUGGCAACGGGGCAGCCGGUGCUGCCAUUGAACAAAGUGUGGUCGACGGUUUCAAUGGCAUGUUUUUUGUUUUUUUUAAUCGUCUUGAAUUCUGAAAUUUGUACAUGCUGUGUGAAAUUUGUGGGGUGCUGUCUUUUUUUACAAUAAUUUAUUGUCUCGUUUCUUUUUUUCUAAAUUAGCUCAGCCUAGAUAUAUACCACAUUGGCCUUGUAUUUAGAAAAGAGAGAAAAUGAAAAUACUAAUAAUAGAGAGAUGAACAUUUUUCUAAAGCAUUAUGGAUUUUAAAAAGACAUUUGUUUGGAAUGCUUCAAAAGAUACGGGUUAUAGUGACUGGUUGUUUUUGGGGGUUUCAUUUUUGCUUUUCGGAAGCUUGUAUGUGUUGUAAAUCUUUUUAUGAAUUAUACCUUUUAUUUCCUCUGAAGAUUAAUAUUCAGUCGUCACACAUGAUCAGGUUCUCUGUUCAUUUCUUCCAUCUCUGUAUGAAUGAGCUACAAAAGAAAAGAAAAAGAAAUCAGCAUCAUCUGGUGUGUGUUGUACUUCUGUUUGUUCCAGGAUGCAGACUUUGUUUCCCCUCUUCUUUGCCAGUGUACAUUUAAUUUAAAAAGUUUCUUCUAUUUAUUGGAUAUCAAUGUUCUCCCUUUUUGAAUAUGGUUGUACAAUUUUGCUCCCCACCCAUCUUUUUUUAAACUUUUAUUUUAUUCUUAGUGGUGACUGAUUUACUCGGUAAGAACUGAGAUGUGGAGCUCGUAUGUCUGCAGGAGUGGAGACUGCUGUUUCCCCGGUGCUUACCUCACAACUCCUGUUUAUUUUUUUUUCCUUUCUUUCUCUCUCUCUCGAUAUAUAUAAAUAUAUAUAUAUAAAAAUUAAAUCUUUAUCUUGAAUAUAACACCACCUUUCCUGUAGACGAUAGACACACUACUCAUGUAGAGACGAUGACUAAUGGAAUGCUGUGUUUGUAUGCUCAUUAAGGAAAAAGAGGACUUUCUCCAAAGUGUUUUGUUUUUUAACUCUGUAGGGGGUUUCUAGGUGAGAUUUUUAUGAUAAUGGGAUAGAUGGUGCUAAUUGUUCUCUUUGAACAACCUUUUUUUUGUCUUCUUUUAAAAUGAGAAUUCUAUUUUUCCUGUUGCAAUAUUACACUUCCCCUUCUCUUUGUGGUCUUUUUAUUUAUAACUGCACUGUUUAUAUAAUUCACACAGACAUACUUGCAGACACACACCAAACUGAGCCAGACAUGUCUUAAACACUUGUGAACUUGUGUGACAUUACUAUGACUAUUAAUAAACGCUUUUGAUAAAUC